AUGUCAUCUCAAUCGACCUCUUCGGACUUUGUCCUGUUUCCUCCCAACGGUGCCUACAACGCUACAUCGCGGUCUAAGAUGAUGACUAUGGACUCGACUAAGCGCAACAAGGCGGAAAGCUUCCAGUACACGCACAGCAUGGAUCCCAAUAUGGUGGACAUGUUCCCAUACGCGACAGAGAUGCCUCCUCACUCCCAAUCUCAUCUGCACCCUGGAUAUUCUCAGAUGUCAUCCAUAUAUUACGAAACCACCUCCGGCUUCAUGGAGCCUAUCUAUCAUCAGACCUCCAACCACAUCUCAUCCAUGCCUACCACACCGCCUCUGAUCGCAACUACGAAUCCCACAGAGUAUACGAUUACGACAGGCUCUGCAGCCUCCGGGCCCUCCAUUGCCAGUGCCCCGUCGUCGGCGCUGGGCUCACCGUACCCCGGUCAUCUACAUGCCAUCUCAGAUCAAUGGUUGAAUACAAACCAUGGCUUGGGGAUUCCUGCUGUGGUCAUGAACGAUCACUUUGCGCAGGACUAUGGUCAAAUGGGAGGUCCAUUUGAUAUGGAAGGAUUCUACCAGGAGAAAAUUUCGGAGCCGUUUGUCGAUCCCUCUUUGAUCCACACGGUACAACCAGUACCCACCGGCCCUGGAUUCCCUCCGACAUUGGCCUUUCCCGACCAAGGCAUAUAUGACUACUCAGCGCCUCCCAUGGACUACCUGCCCCUCUCCUCAGCUACUUCACCCGUCUCUUACAGCGAUCACCUCGAGCCACAACAGGCAUCCCCUAUAAUGGUUGCCGGGUCCGCGCAUUCCCAACCGCAAUCGCCUGUCCUGCAGCGCCGAGCGUCCAUCGUCUCCAUGCAAUCCUCUCAUUCGCAACGUAGUCCUGCUCUGAGCAGCACGGAAGGCGACGAGGAGAUUAACCAAAAGGGUCGCUGCCCUUUCCCCGACUGCGGUCGAGCAUUCCGCGAUCUCAAAGCGCACAUGCUCACCCACCAGUCCGAACGACCCGAGAAAUGCCCGAUCGCGACCUGCGAAUACCACACCAAGGGCUUUGCGCGCAAGUAUGACAAGAAUCGGCACACAUUGACUCAUUACAAGGGCACUAUGGUCUGUGGAUUCUGUCCGGGAUCUGGCUCGCCAGCCGAAAAGAGCUUUAACCGGGCAGAUGUUUUCAAGAGACAUCUCACUUCGGUCCACGGGGUGGAACAGACCCCGCCGAAUUGUCGCAAGCGUACGCCAUCUGGAUCAAUUUCACGAGGCAGUAACUAUGGGAGCGAUGCAACGGGCAAGUGUUCAACUUGCUCGGCGACAUUCGACAAUGCCCAGGACUUUUACGAGCAUCUGGACGACUGUGUUUUACGCGUGGUCCAACAGGAGGAGCCGUCCGAGGCCAUCAACCAGCAGCGAUUGGCCGAGGUUGCUGCGGAUGAGGAGGUACAGAAGACUAUGGAAAAAAACCGAUUGCGGAGUGAAACAGCCUCCGUCGAGCCGGUGGAUGAACUGGAUGUUCAAGAAGAUGAGGAGUCGCUGUCUUGGCAGACAGGUCAUGGUGCUUUAAAGGUUCAAAAAAAGAAUGACGCUUCCUCCUCGUCCUCCUCGUCCUCCUCGUCCUCCUCGUCCUCCUCACGCGUGAUCAUCGGCACCGGCAACGCUGUGGCCAAGUCGACCGCCAAAUCAGCCACCAAGACCGGGACUCGUGCAGUGUUCAACCGGCGUCGCAACAACCGCGGCAAUUACCCACAGUCAUGGGGAUGUCCCAGCUCGAGCAUCAAGACCAAAAAGCGUGUCCUGUGUGUCUUUGAUGGACAGCGCCGCCUGUGGAAAGACGAGAUGAUGCUCAACCAGGAAUUCGAAGUUCGCCUUCGUCUUCCCGAUACGACCUGGGACGGCAGCUAUCGCGACGCAUAUGUCACUGAUCUGGACGUCGAGACCAUGAAGCGGGUCGAGGGUGUAUUGAGCGCCAAUGAAGAAGAGCGUGGGCCGUGGUCAGGUAGCCCUGACUCACAGAUCAUGGGUCAACCGGCGAUGCUUAUGCCAGAGCUGCGCCAGUCUCAGGAUGAUGAUAUUUCUUUGCACGAGCUGAUGUCUUGA